AAAGCAUAUGCAAUUGGCGGGGCCUAAAUCUAAUACGACAACGUACCGUUACCCUUUAUCAAUCUUCCUAAUCCCAUCCCACUAUAUAUUCAUAAAUCCCCAAAACCAAACACACCACAACUCGGAUAAAAACUCCCCCAAAAUCCAACCACCGUCACCGUGAUGCUGCCGCCGGCGCUCACAUUUCCAUCCUAAACUCUCUCCUGCAACGCCAAUUAAACAAUGCCGGCCUCCAGCAAGCAGGCGCAGGCACGUGACUUCAAACACCGCGUGCUCACGUGCCUCCACAAGCUCUCCGACAGGGACACCCACGCCGCCGCCGCGUCGGAGCUCGAGUCCAUCGCCCGCACUCUCCCCGUCGAUGCCCUCCCUUCCUUCAUCUCCUCCAUCUCCGCCACCGACUCCUCCGACAGGUCCCCGGUCCGCCGCCACUGCAUCCGCCUCGUUGCCGUCCUCGCCGCCGCCCACGGCGACGCCCUCUCGCCGCACCUCUCGAGAAUCCUCUCCGCCGUGGCCCGCCGGCUCCGCGACCCGGACUCCUCCGUCCGCGCGGCCUGCGUCGCCGCCGCCCUCUCCCUCGCGUCGCAUCUGGCCUCGGCGCCAUUCACCACCGUCGCCAAACCCUUCCUCGAGUCCCUCUUCGCUGAGCAGGAGGCCAGCGCCCAAAACGGCGCCGCAUUGUGCCUCGCCGCGGUGAUCGAGGGCUCGACCAACCCCGACGUCGGGGGCCUGCGCAAGCUGCUGCCGCGGCUCGAGAAGCUGGCGAAAUGCGAGAGCUUCAAGGCCAAGGCCGCGAUCUUGGCGCUGGUGGGCAGCCUCGUCGCGGUGGAGGGAGUGCUCAGCGGCGGCGGGAGGAACGCGGUGAGGAAUCUGAUCGCGUGUCUGACGGAGCUCCUGAGCAGCGAGGAUUGGGCGGCGAGGAAGGCCGCGGCAGAGGCGUUGAUGAAGAUGGCGUUGGUGGAGAGAGACGCGCUGUCGGAAUAUAAAGCUUCUUGCUUGAAGACUUUUGAAGCUAAGCGGUUCGACAAGGUGAAGGCUGCGAGGGAGACAAUGAAUCAGAUGGUGCAAGCUUGGAAGGAGAUUCCUGAUCUAACGGAUGAGGUUUCAUCUAAAGAAAUUGGUCCUGGCAACAGCCAUAUACCUUCACAAGUAGAGAAAAUUAGCCCGCUUGCCUCUCCUGCUUCAGCACCAAGGAGAAGAACUUCUCUCGGUAGCAAUGGGAACAGAACUAGUCCUCCAAUGUUCCGAAAAUUGGAAAGCAAGAAGCCCUCCAACACGAAAGCAGACCUUGCUGCUGCUGCUGCUCCUACUAGCUCUCCUGUCACCUCGGUUUCUGGAGAUAAGCGUUGGGAUGGAGAGGAGGGGAGACGUUUUGAGAAGAUCAAACGGGCUCUGUUCGAUGAGAGGCAGCACGAAAUUGGUUGUCGGGGAGUUGAGAGUAGUGUUGUAGUCAGUAAUGAAACCAGAGAUAUGUGUAGGAACCAGAGUCAGAGAGACUCUGAAGACCUCUCUCUGAUAAGGAAGCAGCUUGUUCAGAUUGAAAAUCAGCAGUCAAAUUUGUUGGAAAUUCUUCAGCGAUUUAUUGGGAGCUCACAGAGAGGCAUUCAUUCACUGGAGGCGCGUGUGCACGGACUAGAGCUUGCGCUGGAUGAGAUCUCGUUUGAUUUGGCCAUCUCCACUGGAAAGACGUCGACUGCAGGAGCUUCAUCGUGCUGCUCGUUGCCAGGUGCAGAAUUCCUCAACUUGAAGCUCCGGAAGAAGACACAAGCUCGGGCUCAAGCUUCUUCCCGGUUGCCCGCCUCUUGUGAGAUCCCGCCAUCGGUUACUCCAGUAGCUGGCAGCGUUCUUGGCAUGGACGAAGAUGGUGGUGGCGGAGGGUUUUCGUUGCAGAGGCAGAGGCGUCCCCUCCGUGGUGGGCGAGGGGUUAUAGUGAUGAACCCACUGGCUGAAAUCCCUCUUCAAGAAGUUUCAUUGAAGGGACAUGCUUGAUUGAGGAGGAAUUUGAGACAUCAUUCUUUCUUACCAAUUAUACUAUGUCAGAGAGUUGCAGAACCUUAUGUAGUGGUGGCUGGAGCUCUGUUUCUCUCCUUAUUAUCAACUUGUUGAGAGUAGAGAUGAAGGAAAAACCGAUGUGCGCUGCCUUCCGGCCGGAGAAAUUGUAGAGUGGAUGCAUUUUUGUAAUCCGUUUUCAUGUGUAGUGAUUAUAUCUGGUUUGAAUUGGCAUUGUGUCCAUCAUUCAUGUUAAAACAUAUCUUUGAUUAACUUCAUGAAGAAAAAUAUGAAAUUUAAAUUUGUGCAA